UUCGUCACUAGUUCAUUUGCACAUUCCAUCGUUUGCACACUUUCUCUCUCUACUGUGUAGUGCGAGCUUUAAAUGGUUUGAGUGAAGAAGAAGCAAGCGUUUACUAUUGUUUUCUCGAUAACUGGUGGUUGUCGGAAUGGGGAGGAAGGAUCAGAAAGACAAAGAUAAGGAGAGAGUGGACGCCGUUCUUCAUCUGCUAAGAAAGCAAGCUCCUCUUACGGUUAAACAAGAGAAGUUCUGCAACUAUGCUUGCGUUGAACGGUUUCUGAAAGCAAAAGGAGAUAACGUGAAGAAGGCCGCGAAACAUUUAAGAGCCUGCCUCUCUUGGAGAGAGAGUAUUGGCACUGAGUAUUUAAUAGCAGAUGAGUUCUCUGCCGAGCUAUCAGAAGGCUCCGCCUACGUUUCUGGUCAGGACGAAGAAUCCAGGCCUGUUGUGGUUUUACGGAUUAAGCAAGACUAUCAGAAAUUCCACUCACAAAAACUGUAUAUACGUUUGCUGGUCUUUACACUCGAGGUGGCCACUGCGUCCAUGCCGAAAAACGUCGAGCAGUUCGUACUCCUUUUCGAUGCGAGCUUUUUCAGAUCAGCUUCGGCUUUUAUGAACCUGUUGCUGGCAACCCUGAAGAUCGUAGCGGAAUAUUAUCCUGGACGGCUUCACAAGGCCUUUGUCAUCGAUCCCCCCUCUCUUUUCUCUUAUCUCUGGAAGGGCGUUCGGCCGUUUGUUGAGUUGUCGCCAGUGACAAUGGUGGUAUCGUCACUGGACUUCGAAGAAUCGUUGGAGUACGAUGACUUCUCAACCAUCCCACGAGCUUCCUCCCUCCGAUUUGAUCCGUCGAUGAUCCCGUCAACGGCCAAGAUCGGCGCAUCCUCCUCUUCUCGCUUCUCCUUCACUGCGUCUCAACACUUUGACUCCUUGAAGCCCUGGUACCUGAGCUUGACUGACACGUCAGCCUCCAAAGUUGGACCCACCAGCCCUUCCCCGUCGCUGUUGGGACCCGCUCUCAUCUCCCCACUAAACGCACGUUCCUACUCCUUUGCAUCACCCGCUGCGAGAACGCCACGUAAUGGAAUCAUCAGAGGUAGUGGUGGAGCCGCUCGGAAGAACAAUUAUUACUUCCCUUCAACCCCACUGCCACCGCGUGUCAACAGAAACAAUGACAACGUCAACCAUCCAAGGACGCCGAGACCGUCGUUCCUCCACUCACCUGCGAUGUUCUUCAGGAAGGACAACGUCAGCAGAGCAGAGAGGGCCCGAGAGUCGUUCCUUCCAUUCCUGAAAUUCUACAGGAGACCAUACGACGAGAUGGUUUACAGGUCAAAGAUGAGACCGCCACUGGGAGGUCUUAUAUCCAUCGUCUCUCCUCACCUCAAAAGGCGCCACGUGUCAGCAUCCCAAAGGUUCUGAAAAAUAAAAGUACAUAUCACAACAUUUUCUACUACUCCCAAGUCCAAAUAAUAAUGAUAACAUAGAAAUCUUUUCUUCUUUUCAAUUUAAAUGUAAAAUUAUUGCCCCUCUUUAAUGAAUGAAUGAUGAAAAACAAACAAACAAAAAAAAAAAAAGGAGACGACGUACUAGGCGGGGUGUGAGAUGGUGUGCAUGUUGUCUCUGUUUUGAUAUAUGCUACGUUUUGGGGUUUGGAGGCAAUCCAUGCAUGGUAAUUGGUAAAUGCAAUAGCGUGGUCUCAACGAUGAACAUCGUAUUGGAACUCAUAAAAGGGAGGGAGGGGAGACCAAUGAAGGAUUUGAGUUUGCUUUAAA